AUGGCGAGUGAUAUGACUGUGCCGCCAGCAUCCAAACGCCAGCGUCUUGCGCCACCGUCACCUCAAGAAGAGAAGCGAGAGGAGAAUGACGAGCAAGAGAACCCGUUCAGCUACAGUGCUAUACUCUCCUCUGGGGAGGAUGAAAGCGCUGAUGAGCUUUGUAGCGAUGACGAUGUCUCUGAGAGCUUCUGCAGCGAUGACCUCGAGAGCGACGGCUCAUCAGGUGAAGACCCAGACCCGCUGUCGAGCGACGAUGAGGAAGCUCCAGCGGUUCAGACGUGGGAUCCGAAUCCUGAGCGCCUGUGGGAGGUCUGGCAGAUCGACAAGAUUGAGCGCGAUGCGGAUGGCACCCUGCAGCGUGUGAGUGUUCUGUGGGACUGGCGCCCAACCCCGACGAGCCAGAGGUACCGGACUUGGGAACCUGCGUCAAGGAUGUCGGAGACUCACGCUGAGGAAGUUCAGCUCGCUGUGCGCUUUGCUGACAGCGGCAUGCAGCAUUUUCGUGAGUUCUGCAAAACGGAUGACUUUGGAAAAGCUAUAAUCGAUGCCAGCGACAACUACAGCUGCAUGUUUACUGCUUUAAAUAUGGCUGCGGACGCUAUUGGCCGACCGGGUUUAAUCCCCCAGGACGUCGUCGACCAAUUUAUCGCGGACGAGUUGAAGCAAGGCCGAGACCUACUCAAGUCUUGCACUUGGAAGCUGUUUGCCAAGUUGCUGCCCAAGCGUCGGUCUGCAGGGUGUGACUUGGUCAUUAACCACUUGAAGAAGAACCUUAUUAAAGGUGGACGCCGCGGUGGACGCGUGCUUUUGGAAUUGACGGAGAAGGAUGGACUUACAGAUGGGAUCUAUCUGGUCGGCGCGUACAACCGAAAUUUCUAUGGACACUGCGUAGUCCUUCGUGUUGCUGACCAAGGCAAGGAGCGCACCAUUAUCGACGAGAAUAAAGAUGGCACAACCCGUGAGGUUUCAAUUUCGGAUUGCAAGUGGAUGAACUUCUUCUCAUUCGUGCGUCCAUUCCGCGUCUUCACGCCUCGUACGUAA